AUGGAGGACCCCACCAACAAAGGAGAGGAGUCGUCGAAGAAGGUCCCCGCGACAUCAUCGUCUUCAAGCGGGAGAAGGGGAAAGGAAGUUUCGGUGAAUACCGUCAACACGGCACAACAGGCCCCCCAGCAAUAUUCGAUGAACUACACGGCGGCGCCUCCCGUAGCGCCCUCCUACACCCCGCAUGCACCUCAAUAUCGGCCUCAACCCCCUACCCAACCAAUCUACUAUUCCGCACUACCGCCUCCACCCCUACCUACGGUGUCGUCGCCCGUCGUCCACCAUUAUACCCCUGCUCCAUCCCAAGCCCCUCAAUACCAACCUCCGGCUCCUAGGACUUCUCAGCCGACACAACGGGCCCCGCCCCCGCAAGGUCAACAGGGCGAAGGCGAGCAAGGUUGGCCUUCCCCCUUUGUGAUUGAAUACGUACCAGCAGAAGCCGCGGUCGGGUUUGCCGGGAUUGACGCACCCCAGGCCCCGCUCGUCAUAGACAUUCCUGCCCGGGAGCCAUACUCGAACGACAGGGUCCCCUGGACCUAUGAGGGAGGUGUCGUGAACCUGGAGCAACAAUUCGGUGUCAUGGGCAUAACCAGCUCGGGACGGCUAUACGAGAACCCGACGACCACCGAUAAAGGGAACGCGCCCGCUACCGAAGUGGAGACGAGGCCUAGGACCCUGCCUACUCCGUCCAAGAAGGUGACAGAAGAGGAGGCCGAAGCCUUCAUGAAAAUCAUCAAAGCGAGCGAGUACAAGGUGGUGGAGCAGAUGGCCAAAUCUCUGGCCCACAUCUCAUUGCUCGCCCUCCUACUCAAUUUGGAACCCCACAGGGAGGCCCUCAUGCGGACGAUGAGCUCCCUUCUGAAGGAUGCGCGCAUUCCCGGGCACUGCAUAUUGUUUGCAAGUGCAACAACCACAUCGUUGGCCGAGUCAUGA